AUGAUCGAUACACAUACACCUUGUUCCUUUUUGACCGGCCGCAUGCGUAGCAGAAGCAAACACUCCAACUCCACGGCCAUGGAGCUCCUCCCCUUCCUCCUCCUGCUACUCACCGGCGCCGCGGUGGCCUCCGGCGAGCCGGCGUACCCUGGCUACGGCGCCACCGACGCCAAGCCGGCGUGCGGCGUGAAGGAGGAGGCGCCGGUGCCCGUGCCGGAGAGGCGCGAGGAGUUCGACGGCGGGCGGAUCCUGGACAUCAGCCACUACUACCGGGAGGACAUGCCGGCGUUCGAGUCGGCGGAGGGCACGCCCGGGUUCCUGCAGCUGGCCCGGUCCAUGCGCAACGGCUCCGACAUCGCCAACUUCUCCGAGCUCCGCCUCACGGCGCACUCUGGCACCCACGUCGACGCGCCGGGCCACGUCUUCGAGCACUACUACGACGCCGGCUUCGACGUCGACACGCUCGACCUCGCCGUCCUCAACGGUACGCCGCGCGUGGAGUUCCGCCGCGCCUGGUGUGCCGCAGGACCAGCACUGUUGGUAGAUGUUCCAAGGGACAGCAACAUAACAGCUGAUGUCAUGGAGUCCUUGCAUAUUCCUAAAGGAGUCCGCCGUGUACUCUUCCGAACCUUAAACACCGACAGAAAGCUUAUGUGGAAGAAAGAGUUUGAUUCAAGUUAUGUUGGCUUCAUGGAGGACGGUGCUCAGUGGUUGAUUGAUAACACUGACAUCCAACUAGUUGGAGUUGAUUACUUGUCUGUGGGAGCAUAUGAGGAAUGUAUUCCAGCUCAUCUAGUAUUUCUUGAUAAAAGGGAAGUCAUCCUUGUGGAAGCCUUGAACCUUGAACAUGUUGCCACUGGAAUAUACACAUUGCAUUGCUUGCCACUAAGGUUGCGCGGCGCUGAAGGCUCUCCAGCGAGAUGCAUCCUCAUCAAGUAA